ACAGCAAUCAUUGUUUACCAAACAUUCUAUAAAAAGGAAAAUAUUGAUGUUCUUGUAAAUAAUUAGAUUAAAGAUUAAUACAAUUUAAUUAUGACGACAAAUCCACGUAAAGGCACGGAUCCGGUGCCUAUGGAAGAAAGUGAUCAACUCACUAUUCGACCACUUGGUGCUGGCCAGGAAGUCGGUCGAUCAUGUAUAAUGCUUGAAUUUAAGAGCAAGAAAAUCAUGUUGGAUUGUGGUAUUCACCCUGGCUUAUCGGGAAUGGAUGCUUUACCAUUCGUGGAUUUAAUUGAAGCUGAUGAGGUGGAUUUGCUGCUCAUUUCACAUUUUCAUUUAGAUCACAGUGGAGCACUACCAUGGUUCCUAACAAAGACAUCAUUCAAAGGCCGAGUGUUUAUGACGCAUGCAACAAAAGCCAUAUAUAGGUGGCUUGUCUCCGAUUAUAUUAAAGUCAGUAACAUAUCAACGGAACAAAUGCUGUACACAGAAUCGGAUCUAGAAGGUUCCAUGGACCGUAUAGAAACCAUCAACUUCCACGAGGAGAAAGAUGUCAAGGGAGUGAGGUUCUGGGCGUACAAUGCGGGCCAUGUGCUUGGCGCUGCUAUGUUCAUGAUUGAGAUCGCUGGCGUUAAAGUUUUAUACACAGGAGAUUUCUCGCGGCAAGAAGACAGGCAUUUAAUGGCUGCAGAAAUACCAAGCGUUCAUCCAGACGUGUUAAUUACAGAAUCAACGUACGGCACUCACAUCCACGAAAAGCGCGAGGAGCGAGAGAGUCGCUUCACCAGUCUAGUGAGCGAUAUAGUGACGCGCGGGGGGCGGUGUCUCAUACCCGUGUUCGCGUUGGGCAGGGCUCAGGAACUGCUGCUUAUAUUGGACGAGUACUGGUCCCUACACCCCGAACUACAAGACAUCCCGAUAUACUACGCGUCGUCUCUCGCCAAGAAGUGUAUGGCGGUGUACCAAACCUACGUAAAUGCUAUGAACGAUCGAAUCAGACGGCAGAUUGCCGUUAACAACCCGUUUGUGUUCCGGCAUAUAUCUAACUUGAAGGGCAUAGACCAUUUUGAAGAUAUAGGACCGUGUGUGAUCAUGGCUUCCCCCGGUAUGAUGCAGUCUGGUCUUUCCCGGGAAUUGUUUGAGUCGUGGUGCACCGACCCCAAGAAUGGGGUUAUUAUUGCUGGUUACUGUGUAGAAGGCACGCUAGCAAAGACAAUUCUAUCAGAACCGGAAGAAAUAACAACGAUGUCGGGUCAGAAGCUACCGCUCAAGAUGUCAGUCGACUAUAUUUCCUUCUCAGCACAUACUGACUAUCAGCAAACGUCGGAAUUCAUCAAUAUACUGAAACCGCCGCAUGUGGUGCUGGUGCACGGCGAGCAGAACGAGAUGUCCCGCCUGAAGGCGGCGCUGCAGCGGGAGCACCGCACGCGGCUGGCCGUGCACACGCCCAGGAAUACGCAGCUGUUGGCGCUCACCUUCCGCGGGGAUAAGACUGCCAAGGUAAUAGGAUCCCUAGCAGUGGAACCACCAAAACCAGGAGAACAACUACAAGGUAUCCUGGUGAAGAGGAACUUCAACUACCACAUAUUGGCGCCUUCUGAUCUCAACAAAUACACGGAACUAUCGCAAUCCGAAGUGGUCCAACGUCUCUCAGUGCACUUUAGUGGGUCAGCCGCGUUACUGCGUCACGCGGUGGGGCGAGUGGCGGGCGCGCUGACCGUGAUCAGUGAGACAAAAUGGCGGCUGUACGGCUGUUUGGAUGUGAGCGUCGAUCUGCCGGUCGUUACUAUUGAGUGGCAGGCUGCGCCCGUGUCGGACAUGUUCGCGGACGCAGUUGUAGCGGCCGUGCUCGGCGCCGCGCCCGCCGCGCCCGCGCACGCGCCGCUCGCGCCCAAACUGGACCGCAUGCACUUGAAGGAGUGCGUAAUAGAAAUGUUACAAGAGAUGUUCGGCGAGGACUCCGUGCCGAAGAUAUUCAAAGGCGACAAGUUGCAUGUGGAGGUCGCUGGCAAAAGGGCAGAUAUCGAUCUACUGUCUAUGGAGGUAAAAAGCGAAGACGCAAGUCUGGAACGCACGGUGCAGUCGGCCCUCACGAGACUACACGCGGCCCUCGCGCCGGUCAAACCGCCGCCAUUGCCCACGUGCUGACACGAGAUUUAGCUGUGAAAUUGUGUAUUUUGUUAUGGAAUAAAUCAUUUUUUGUGA